CGUUUUCUUGUUCUUCACUCUCUUCAGCGAAGCAAAACGCUUGAAUAGAGAGGCAAGGAGAGAGGUAGCAAUACCAAGUCAGAAGUAAAACUUAGUAGCAAACACAAAGCACGGCACAAUGGCCAGGUACGAUCGAGCAAUCACCGUGUUCUCCCCCGACGGUCACCUCUUCCAGGUCGAGUAUGCCCUCGAAGCCGUCCGCAAAGGUAACGCCGCCGUCGGCGUCCGAGGCACCGACAACGUCGUCCUCGGCGUCGAGAAGAAAUCCACCGCCAAACUCCAAGACUCCAGGACUGUGAGGAAGAUUGUGAAUCUCGAUGAUCACAUUGCGCUUGCCUGCGCGGGGCUGAAGGCCGACGCACGUGUGCUCAUAAACCGGGCACGUGUGGAGUGUCAGAGUCACAGGCUCACCGUCGAGGAUCCCGUUACUGUCGAGUAUAUCACCCGUUACAUUGCAGGGCUUCAGCAGAAGUACACGCAGAGUGGUGGUGUGCGACCCUUUGGGCUUUCCACCCUCAUUGUUGGGUUUGAUCCCUACACUGGCGCCCCCUCACUGUACCAAACGGACCCUUCUGGCACGUUUUCCGCGUGGAAGGCGAACGCCACCGGCCGAAACUCGAAUUCGAUUCGGGAGUUUCUGGAAAAGAAUUACAAGGAGACCUCUGGGCAGGAGACUGUGAAAUUGGCUAUUCGUGCAUUGCUUGAAGUUGUUGAGAGUGGAGGGAAAAAUAUAGAAGUUGCUGUGAUGACUAAGGAGCAUGGUCUGCGUCAACUGGAGGAAGCUGAAAUCGAUGCCAUCGUUGCUGAGAUCGAAGCAGAGAAAGCAGCUGCUGAGGCUGCGAAGAAAGCCCCUCCGAAGGAGACAUGAUUUUCUGUUUAGUGUGUUACGCAGUGUUCUUGGUGGGUUGUGGCUGUACUCGCUGGAGCUAAAUUGAUGGCAUUGUGUCUGAGAUUGAAACAGAGAAAACGGUUGUUGAGGCUGCAAAGAAUACCAUUUCUAAGGAGAAAACAUGAUUUAUGUUACUUUUGUUUAGCACUUGAACUGGUCUUGAUAGAUGUUGGCCUAACUUAUAAUUGAAUUCUUUGCUGUUUUUGGGUACUGCCAUGUGACAUAGUAUUGGUCAAAUUAAUUGCAUGCCAUUGUUAUUCAAGUUCAA